CCAGCCCCUCUCCCCACCCUGCUGCCCGCCGCUCGGCGCCAGCCUCUCAGAGCGCCUGCCAGCCAUGACCGGAGCGCCUGCUCUAGCCCUGCUGCUGCUGGGGCAGCUCCUGACGGCCACCUCAGCGCAGAAAGUGGGACCUCGAGGCCCCCCUGGUCCCCAAGGGCCUCCUGGAAAGCCCGGCAAGGAUGGCAUCGAUGGAGAAACUGGCCCUCCAGGUCUGCCUGGCCUUCCAGGACCCAAAGGAACCUCGGGGAAGCCGGGGAAGCCGGGAGAGGCAGGACUGCCAGGACUGCCUGGUAUAGAUGGUCUGACAGGGAGGGAUGGACCCGCAGGACCCAAAGGUGCCCCUGGAGAACGGGGAAGUCUAGGACCCCCAGGGCCACCAGGACUUGGAGGCAAAGGCCUCCCUGGACCUCCUGGAGAGGCUGGAGUGAGUGGCCUCCCAGGUGGGAUUGGUCUUCGUGGCCCCCCGGGACCCUCUGGACUUCCAGGCCUGCCUGGCCCCCCAGGACCUCCUGGACCUCCUGGAAACCCUGGAGUCCUCCCUGAAGGUGCUACUGAUCUGCAGUGUCCAGCCAUCUGCCCCCCAGGCCCUCCAGGCCCCCCAGGAAUGCCAGGGUUCAAGGGGCCUACUGGCUACAAAGGGGAACAAGGAGAAGUUGGCAAAGAUGGUGAGAAGGGUAAUCCUGGCCCCCCUGGGCCUCCUGGAAUCCCAGGCACUGUGGGACUACAGGGCCCACGAGGAUUACGAGGACUUCCAGGGCCACUUGGGCCCCCUGGGGACCGGGGUCCCAUUGGGUUUCGGGGCCCCCCUGGGAUCCCAGGAGCACCUGGGAAAGUGGGCAUGCCAGGCAAGGAUGGCAAGGAUGGUGUGCCAGGACUUGAUGGUGAGAAGGGGGAGGCUGGUCGCAAUGGUGCCCCAGGAGAGAAAGGCCCCAAUGGGCUGCCGGGGCUCCCUGGACGAGCAGGGUCCAAAGGCGAGAAGGGAGAACCGGGUAGAACUGGGGAGCUGGGUGAGGCUGGCCCCUCUGGAGAGCCAGGUAUCCCUGGAGAUGUUGGUGUUCCAGGGGAGCGUGGUGAGGCUGGUCACAGAGGCUCAGUGGGGGCUCUUGGCCCACAAGGUCCUCCUGGGGCUCCUGGUAUCCGUGGCUUCCAGGGCCAAAAAGGCAGCAUAGGAGACCCUGGCCUUCCAGGCCCCCAAGGCCUACGGGGAGAUGUGGGUGACCGGGGUCCAGGAGGUGCCACAGGCCCUAAGGGCGACCAGGGCAUUGCAGGUUCUGAUGGUCUCCCAGGGGACAAAGGAGAGCUGGGUCCUAAUGGCCCCGUUGGACAAAAAGGAGAGUCCGGCAGCCGAGGGGAACUGGGCCCCAAAGGCAUCCAGGGCCCCAAUGGCACCAGUGGAGUCCAGGGUGUACCUGGUCCCCCAGGUCCACUGGGCCUCCAAGGCGUGCAAGGUGUCCCAGGCAUCACAGGGAAGCCUGGAGUUCCGGGCAAGGAAGCGAGCGAACAGCGCAUCAGGGAGCUAUGUGGGGGGAUGAUCAGUGAGCAAAUUGCGCAGUUGGCUGCACACCUGAGGAAGCCCCUAGCACCAGGCUCCAUCGGCAGACCUGGUCCAGCUGGCCCCCCAGGCCCUCCAGGCCCUCCAGGCUCCAUUGGCCACCCUGGCGCUCGGGGUCCCCCUGGAUACCGUGGUCCCACUGGGGAACUAGGAGAUCCUGGACCAAGAGGGGGCCAGGGUGACAGAGGAGACAAGGGAGCAACAGGUGAAGGGCUGGACGGGCCUGCUGGGGACCAGGGAUACCAAGGGCCUCAAGGUGUACCUGGUAUCAGCAAAGAUGGUCGAGAUGGUGCUCAUGGGGAGCCUGGCCUUCCCGGUGAUCCUGGCCUUCCUGGAGCUGCUGGUGCUCAGGGAACCCCAGGGAUUUGCGACACCUCAGCCUGCCAAGGAGCUGUGUUAGGAGGAGGUGGGGAAAAGUCGGGUCCUCGGAGCUCAUAAACAAGGACUUCAGUAGGAAAUGACUGACAGAGCGCUACAGCAGGCAGCAGGGGUGAGCGGUGUGGCUAUGGACAGGAAUGGACAGUGGCUGGCUAUAGUCAGUUGGUCCUUUCUGGCCUGCUGCCUGGCCCCAAGAACAUCUAUUGGUGGCACUGUCACUGUCCCAUCUUCAGGAUCCAUGGCAGCCUAUACAUCUGUGACAGCAAUACCUCAGACACAGGCCUUAGGGAUGGAGACUUUAAACCCAGCAUCUGGGAGGGAUGGCGUUAUCUAAGAGUUUUGUACAAUUCCAUGAGAUAAAAACACUCAAGAGACUUGUUUACAUAACAUUUAUAUAAAGCCUAUGAUAGACUACCAAUAAAGCGAUCUUCUAAGCCUUCAGAUCAGUACUGGUUACAGUGUGGUGAAGGCAAGGAACUUAAGGUCUGCUUCACCUGUUUUCUAUUGCAAACUUAGUAUCUCUGACACCCAGUAUUUACUCAAGGAACUACACUGCACCAUCUGUCACAAUAAUAAAGCUACUCACUGGAAACCUUUGUUCCAAACAUACAGUUUAUUACACAUAAAGCACUGCCUCACAAUAUGGAAAUGAGGGCAUUAAAGCAAUGUACUGCGAAAAUGUUUAUGGGCAAAAGGAGCUUUAAAAGAAGUCUCUGGAAAAUUCUUAGCAAAGUUUUAAAAUGGCACUGCAUUUUCCAAUAGAGUACCAUGAGACUGGAAAUAGGGGGGGACAGAACAAAUGAAAUAAAGUUUCCAAACCU